UUUGACGAGCAAAGUUCAGCGGCCUGAUUCCGGGUUUGUGAUUGCCUGAUAAUUUCAGAUGAUUAGAUUGUUUAUGAAAUUCCAGCGAGUGGACGACCUUUUUCGCCAUGCUCCGUUCGGGGAGACUAAUGUUCGCCAGGUGCCAUAGCAGCAUGAAGGUGAAAGUGCCAGUGAAACAGGGUGUUGUGGUGGGUCGGCAGAAAAAACUGGCCAGUGGACUGGAGUACAACAGUUUCCUGGGAGUUCCCUAUGCAGAGCCGCCGGUGGGAGAGCUGCGUUUCCAGAGCCCCCGACCACUGGAACGCUUCCGGGAGAAGGAACUGGACUGCAGCAAGGAGGGCUAUGUGUCCCACCAGCGCGAUCCCUUCACCUUGGAGGUGGCCGGCUCCGAGAACUGCCUGUUCCUUAACGUCUAUGCACCCCAGGUCAAGGAUCCGGGGUCUCCGCUGCCCGUCAUGGUCUGGAUUCACGGAGGCGGCUUCUUCUUCGGGAAUGGCAACAGUGACUUCCACUUUCCCGGCAAGCUCAUGGAGCAGAAGGUCAUUGUGGUCACCCUGAACUACCGACUGGGAGCCCUCGGCUUCCUUAGUUUGCCCGAGGAGGGCAUCCACGGCAACAUGGGCCUCAAGGAUCAGCGCCUGGCCCUCCAGUGGGUGCAGGAGAACAUAGCCAGCUUCAAUGGCGAUCCCAAUAACGUAACCCUCUUCGGAGAGAGUGCAGGCGGUGCUUCAGUGCAUCUGCACACCUAUGCCCGCCAUGCCAACCUGCUGUUUCACAAGGCCAUAAUGCAGAGUGGAACGGCCAACAUGGAGUGGGUCUUCCAAACCGAGGCCGCAGCCAAGACCCGGCGUCUGGCGGAGCUGCUGGGUGGCGGUGACUUUGGUGGCGAUACCAAAGCCCUCUUGGCCUUCCUGCAGCAGGCGAGUCCCACUGCCAUUUUGGCCAACACAUUGAAGGUCCUAACGCCCGAUGAGCGGCGACGCUGCCUGCCGUUUGCCUUUAAGCCAGUCGUGGAGGAUCUUAGCAGCCCGGACAGCUUCCUCGACCAGAACAUCAUGGAGCUGAUGCUCAAAAAGGAAGCCCUGGGUGGGAUGCCCGUGAUCAUGGGCUACAAUUCAGCCGAGGGACUGUCCAUUGUGUUCAAAGCGAAGCAGAAGCUGGAGGCCUACGAGGAUGACUUGGCUAGGAUGGUGCCCCGCAACCUGGUAGUGGACCCUCAGGCCCCCGAGGCGCAGAAGGCUGCCACCGACAUUCGCGCCUUCUUCUUCAACGGCCAACGGCUGUCCAAGGAGAACAUGGAUAACCUGGUGGACCUGUUCUCCGACUACCACUUCAGCAUGGAUCUGCAGCACGCCGCCGAGAUCCACGCCAGCUGCCAGACGCAGUCUCCGCUGUACUUCUAUCGCCUGGACUACGUUGGUGGUCGCAAUAUGUACAAGAAAAUCUUCCAGAACGAGGAACUCCGUGGAGUGGCCCAUGCCGAUGACAUAUGCUAUCUGUUCCAGAUGGCGGGUGACGAGUCCGAGAUGAGGGAGGAUGACCUGCUGGUCACGGAGCGAUUGUGUAGGAUGUGGGCGAAUUUCGCGCGCUGUGGAAAGCCAUCGGAAAGUUGGAAGCCCGUCCAAAAGACGCAGGAGGGCAAGCCCUUCCAGUUGGACUGCCUACUUAUCGAUCGGGAGCUGAAGAUGUGCGCCAAUCCGGAUGGCGAACGGAUGGACUUUUGGCGGAGUAUGUACCGGAGAUACAGGAGCAAGUGCUACGGGGCUCUGAGAGCCAAACUAUAGGUCUAGUUACUACAAAAAGGCUAAAGCAAUUACUCAUAAAUUUUUUUUUUUUUUUUUUUGGUACAACCUAUUAAUAUUUAUUGCGUUGAUCAACCAACUUAAUGGUUAUGAAACGUUGAUUAUAACAAUAUAAAGGAAACAGUCAACAAGCAUACAUUACAAGUUGCUGAUUAACAAUUUUUAUAACAAAAAUGAUUCACCGACUGUCUUGCCAUUUUUGGUCUUGAAUAAAAUGUAAAUCAAAAAUGCAAAUACAUACAAAAUUCCGAGAGCUGUCAUUAGCUUAUAGGUAAUUUACGAAACUUGCA